AUGGAAGGAGAAGGAAGCUCAUCGGAGAUGGAGUUUACAGAGGUCGAGACCAUCAGACCAAUACUGACUCGGAUUUUGCUGGAUAUUAGUCUUGAAUUCGAUACCUUACAAACAGAAUAUAAAGAGCUGUUGAAGUUAUCUGUUAGACGAGAUCUCCUUAGCAGAAUGAGAGGGGUGAAGCGUGGGAUUAGGAGACUGGAGAAAUUGGUGAACACAGUGGGUGGGCUCGAGAGCGUGUUGCAACUCAUAAUUAGUGAGGUUUUUUGCUUUGAGGUAGUAAUUUUAGUGCUUGGAGCUAGUCCAAUACAGCCCCGACAUGUAUAUGAAUCGUGUUUUUUGCGUGGAAAUGUUGUAGCAGGAGAUGAUGGUGGUUUCACUAAAAGCAAAGUUGCAGAAGGGCUUUCAAGAAAGGUUGCUCGUGCCUUGAUCUCAAAGGUUGCUGGAUCCAGUUCCUAUCCAGGUCCUACUAAAUUGUUUCUGUUGGUGAAAGCUCCAGCUUCUUUCAAUUUGCCUCUGCAUUUUCUUCCAAAACGUGACUUCAGAUGCUGUAAAAAGGCAUGGAUUGUGCCUACACAAAUAGCAAAAAAGAUUUAUUCUAAGUUGCAUAAGUCUUACAUUCUGAGAUAUCAUUGAUCACUUUAAGAAACAAUCACUAACGCAACCAUAACAAAAUCAAGCAUGCUACUUGGCUCAGAACUAUAAAUCCACCUUUUUUAACUGUUGAAUUGGCUAAUAAUGUUUUGAUAUUUGCUAUUCGCUUAGAGACAAUCAUGCUGAUGUAGCAAUGAAUUUCAUACAAUGACACUAAUUUUCGCUGCAUUCUGUUUAUUGAAUGCAUGCGCCAUCCUGACCUUGACAGCUCUCAAGCACAUCUUUUCUUCAACUGUUGAGCAUCAUUGUAUGAAGUUCUGUAGCCAUUCAUGUGUGUCUUUCUACAUUACGUAUAAUAUCCUGCAAGCUCUCUAACUGAAGCCUGGAGGACACAUUCGUAAAAAAAAAAAAAAAAUCUUCAUGACAUUUUUGGAUUAAUCAAAAUGCAGUAUAGCUGAGAUCAUAAUAUCAGUGCUUCCGUUGUAUUGGUGGGAGCACUACUGUAUUCAUGCUCUGACUCCCCGCCAUCACGAGCAGCAUGCAAUAACAUCAAAUUAUUGUUUUGUUUGAUUACUUUCUUGUUUUUGAGCAGAUUGUGCCUUCCAGACUGCUGUUUUGAUAUAAUUGAUAGUUUUUCUAUUAGCUGACCUUGUGAGCUUCAAGUAUAUAGUAGAUGAUUGAAAUGCGUUUGACUCUGAUGGUGAGAACACAUAGCAGUUGCAUAAUUUGAAGAGCAGAAAAUGAAAUUCAAUAAUGUGUGAACCACCCCAAAAUGAACAGUGUAAAGAUUUCGUCUUGUCAGCUUCAUGGUCAGAAAUGAGGAAGGAGGGGGAAGUAUAUUCCAGGAUCAUUUGGUCUAUGCCUUUUGCGAUUCCAGAAAAAAAAAAGGACUUUUUUUCUAUAAUAAUGUGUUAUAAUGGUUCAAGUUUUAUAAUCUAGAAGCUGGGGAGAAUUGACGCAGUUUGUGUCGCUGGCUUCUUGACGCCGUAUGAGAUUUUAUGAGUCACAAGAUUUCAACAUCAUAAAGUGACAUGAGUUUCUCUUGCAGGUCUCAAUGUCGCCAUGUAGUCAAGGGCCUCGCAUCCAAGAUCCCAACUGAAGAAUGAGUCUUUUCAUUAUUGUAAAGAGCAGCUUUUCUUGUGCCGCCUCUGAUCAUGCUUCACUUUAACUACAAUGUACCUAUGCAGCAAUGCUUGAAGGAGAACACGAGCGCAAGCUGCACAAUCAUGAAAGACACCAGAUCAGUACUGAUAUUUUCAGUGCCUCUUCAUUUUAGCAGGAUAUUUUGGUUUACAUGUAAGUUCAGUUUAUCUUGCCUGCCUGCCUUGUUAUUUCCUUUUUUUUUUCAUUUUUUUUUUGUGGUUCAGUUAACUUCACUGUUAAAAAUGAUUAUGUGAAAAGUACCCGCAUACACGUGGACAUGGUUGUGGAUCAGACACUUGCAUCAUUCUAUCGAAGAUUCAAAAAGAUGCCGUACCUGGCUUCUUCCUAGAUUGCAUGUUGGUGCCUGCCCCUUGUGGAAGAAAAACUCCAGUCCCAGAUGAUUUUUUACCAGAAUCUAGGAAAACAGCCUGCAUUCCAGGUCCCCCUGAUGCCCAAUUAGUGGCGUAUUUUGCUCGGCAAUUCGGUCCUGGGCUGGGUUUUGUGCGCUGAUAUCACAUAAGCACAUUGGUUAGAAACUUUCAUUACCGAGUCUAAAAAAAGAAAAACAAUUUGUAAUUUAUCAUCUCUCUAGUACUUCUAUUAUUUAGCAACAUUAGUUUCUGAUUCAAAACUUCGAUUGCGAACGGAAAGAAAGAACUGCAGCGAAAUCACUCAAAAUAUUCCCCCGGUAA